UAAAUUUGACAAAAAAAAAUAAAAUAAAUGUUUUUAUUAACACAAUUAUAUUUGUGGAUUAUAUCGGAUAUAUGGACAACAGUAAUAACAUUACUAAUCGGUUAUGUUGUCUACAGUGUCGUUAAAUUUUAUUACCGAUACUUGAGUCUACCUCCCGGUCCAUUUCCAUUGCCAUUGGUUGGCAAUAUGUUAACAUUUAGAUCCAAACCUCAUUGGGACGACAUUAUUAGACAGUUGGCUGAAAAAUAUGGACCAAUAUUUACUGUAUACAUAGGUAGUACACCUCAAGUUAUUGUUACCGAUGCAGACAUUGCCAGACAGGCGUUUAGCAAAAAUAAUUUUGCCGGACGACCCGAUUCUCAUUUUGGAACCUUAUUAGCCAAUGGAGUAGCUAUGACUGAUUACGGUCCCAAUUGGGAAGCACGUAGACGGGUGGCGCAUGCGGCAGCCAUGAAAUAUUCAAAUAAUGAACGUCUAGUAACCGUUGCCGUCGACUGUAUGGACAAAACAGUUCAAACAAUGUUGGAAAGGGAGGGUCCGGACACACCUAUUAAUCCAUCCGAUUAUAUAUAUCUAACAUUUCUAAAUAUUUUGGCCAACAGUGCACUAAAUGAAAAUUAUACUAUCGAUGAUCCGGAAUUUAUUAAAAUCAAAUAUGUAUUGCGAGACCUAUUGAUAGAGUCGGGAUCCCGGUUCCUGUUAUGGCAAUACUCUAAACUAGUUCAAUGGUUAGACUAUAAAAUGGUCGGGAAGGUUAGCCGCGAGUUUGAUGAGUUAAGACAAUUGAUUGUCCGAAAAUUUCAAAAACAUUACACCGAUUAUACACCAGGUAUUGAACGCGAUAUUUGCGAUGCACUGAUUACAGCCAAAUAUGAUGCCCUGAGAGAGGGCCGGGAGUCGGCACCCUAUCUGACUGAUGAACGACUUGGUUAUACAGUUUUCGAUAUGUUUUUUGCCGGUAUUGAAACAUCCUAUCAUACUUUCCUGUGGUUAGUCCUGUUGUUAGCCUAUUAUCCAACGGAGCAAAAUAGACUACGACAGGAAAUUGAUAGUCAAAUUGGUGAACGAUUACCCAGACAUGAGGACAGACAACAGUGUCAUUAUGUGAUGGCAUUUAUAGCCGAAACUAUGAGAUUCAGGAAUGUCCUGCCAUUAGGUUUGUCUCAUAGGGCUGUCGUCACCAGUAAAAUAGGUGACUAUACAAUACCUAAAGGACUACCAGUGCUCGUCUAUCAGGGAAUUGUAUUGCGAAACACUAGUAACAACAACAACAACAACAACAACAACAAGUACUGGACAAAUGGUGACCAAUUUCUACCCAACCGUUUCCUAGACAGUAACGGCCAUUAUAUGACUACCCGUUCGCCAGCAUUCAUACCGUUUGGUGUGGGACGUCGUAAAUGUCUGGGCGAUAGGCUGGCCAUUGCCGACCUGUUUCUUGUUUUAGUCCGAUUUCUACAGUCGACACACAACUAUGAUAUUGUUUUGGACAGUCAUCACGAUUUGGAUGCCAGUCCACAGAGUAGUGACGCUAUAAUACCCUAUGAUUAUACUAUUAUAUUGAAAACUAAAUAG